AGUUCCUAUUCUGAGUCUAGGGGCUUCUUUUCCUUGCUGUCCCUGAGACACAGGUCCUCUUAGAGCCCCUUGAGUGUGGCGGGGCAGUGAGAACAUCCCAGGGGGGUAGAGUCCCGGAUCCCCGAAAGGAGGAGGCCGAGCCUCAUUUCCUUUCCCACCCCGAGAUUUCCACAUCGGAAGCCCCACAGCUUCCGGUGGGCGGGGAUGUGUGGACACACGGGCAGGUUGGGCACCAUGGAACCUUCCAGAUCGGCGUGAAGCAGCAGGUCGCAAUGCAAGCAGCGGCCUUCAAAGACAAGCACCGGGGGGAGACGGGAGGCAGCAAAGAUGCCUGUGACCCCGAGUACGAGAACAUCACCUUGACCUGCAGGGACCGGAACCAGCCCAAGGGUGGUCAUCCAGGACCCCUGAAACGAGCCCCAGCCCAGCCCAGGUCACCCUCAGACAGUGCCCAGGUCCCGGUGUGGCUGCAGAGGUCCGUCACGAGCCUGUACGUGUUCCUCACCCUGAUAUUUCUGUUCUGCAUCGCGCUUUCUGCUUUGGUCCUGGUGAAGACCGCUGAGAUGUCCAGGGAGAUGCUGAGCCUAAAAAGGGAACUUUCCAACAUCUCAAACUCAGCGCUGGAGUGCCAGGAAGAGCAAAGGAAGGGCUGGAUCAAGGUCCAGCGCCACAUCCAGGAGGUCACCAGCAGCAUCGUCACAGUCCAGAACCAGGUUAAAGCCGCGGACCAGAGACUGAAGCCGGUGCCCACAGACAUAACACAAAUCAAACAAAACACACAGAAAAUCCUUGAGGCUCUGGAGAAGAAGUCAAACACACAGCCCGCUAAGUAAGAGCACACUGCCGUCACAGCCCGGCGGACAGGAUUUGCGGCCGCUACUGAGAUGGGAAACCAGCUCCCCCAGCCAGCUGCAAACAUGCCCCUCAACCCAUCGACAGAGAGCACCGUGUCAGGGUGAAUGAGCGUGGUGGGGUCGUGCGCGCCCCUGUGUGUGCCCACGGAAGAGCACUUUAUGGAGGGCGAGAAUUUGUGUUGUGGGCGUGAAUGUGUGUGUUGUGUGCAUGUCCGUGCCACAUGUGACACACACCUGUGUGGCAUGACAUCCGUGAGCACAGGCAUUGCUCGGUGCGCGGCUGUGUCAGUGAGGACCCCACGAGCGUGUCACUGCGUGUCGGUGCCGUGGGACACCGGCCUCCCAGUCGGCACACGCAGCUCCUCGCACCGCGUGCUGUAAGUGCAGGUGUUGCCACGUGAGCCCUGUCAUUCCGUGGCUGCGUGAACGGGUGUGUUCAGAUCACACGAGUGUGUCCACUUUUUUCUGCACUCACGUUUCGUGAUUCAUAAAGAUAAAAAUCAAGGGGAAACAAC